AUGCGUUCAGCCGAAGGACUUAGAUCGGCAUUUCUUUGGGUGAACAAUGCGGGUAAUGAGGAUGAAUUUGCGUCUGGAACUGAAAAGGUGGUUUGUCUGAACACCAUCAGAACUCAUUCCAAGAGAGUUCAGCGGAAGAGGAGAGAUGAGCGAUUGACAUCGAGCGCUUUGAAGAUCGCUCAAGAAGGAUUUCAGACCCCAAGACAACAUACUGUGCCCAGCAGUGAUAUUGGGAACAACACUCUGCCCAGCACUCCAGGCUCUGAGCUGUCGUCUCAACAGCUGACACUGCGGCCCCGUCGAACGCCGAACAAGACAUGUGGACAAGGCGCUCGCCUCCUCACCGAUCCAGGAAGAAGCACUGAUGCUUUCCGGACGUUGCCUAUGCCACUGACCGAGGAGAGACAUCAGAUUGUAACGCACCUCAUUGACUACGUGGGCGACAUAGCGUCUGCGCAGCGGGCGCCGGGGUUCAGUGUGCUCACGGAUAGAUGGCGCAGGUCAAUCUCAGCAACCCUUGAUCUAGCAUUCACAAGCCGAGUCAGAUAUGCCACCCUCAUCAGCGGCUGGGCUCACGAUCUCUCCAUGAGAUAUGAGAAAAUCACGCGGCAAACCGUUGUAAGUCUCAUGCAUCAGAGCUUAGCCAUUACUCGGGAGUCUCUUCGAGACCGACAACAUAUAUCGCCUGAUCACUUCUUUGCAGCGAUUAUGCUCUUCAGAGCUUAUCGUGUCCUUGGGGACACAGAAGCCGCAGUGUUACACCUGCGUGCAGCUCACCAAUUCUGGAGGGUUCUUGGAGGACCAGGUCACGUUGACGAUGGGACGGUAGGCUUGUUCUGUUCCAGCGUAUUUGGUACCCUCGAGAUCGAUUAUGCUGCACUCGAGCCGCCCAUGCCACCUUUCUACCCUCAGGGCGCAGCACCCGAACCAUGGCCACCGAACAUCGUAGUCAACGCGAAAUGCGCACAACCUUCUGUCUUGUACAGAGCCGACGUCGAUAGGCUGGUGGACAUGAUCGUUGAUUACGCUCAACGAUGCUCUCACGCCUCGACUAACUGCUCAGAAGCCCGAUACGACCCCGAAGCGGAGCUUCUCAACCUUUCGCUGCGCCAACAUUUGCUGUGCCUUAGGACUAAUGACCGAAGAGUGCGAGCGUUCACCAUUGCUCUGCAACUUCUCGUGUUCUCGCUAGCAGGCUACUCUUUCUUUCGAUUACACGCUCCAUAUGGUGCUCAAUAUAUAAAGAAGGCGCUGGACAUGUCAGCAGGCACAUGGCAUGACGAUAAUCUGUGUCACACAGUAUGUUUGGUGAUUGGCGCACAGUUCAGUUCGGAUCGCUGGUUCAUCCAUCAACUCGCAAUUCUGGCCGAAGAGAUGGAGUUGCUGACUCGAGAAACAAUACAGACGUUGCUGUUGAGAAGCUGUGGAGCAUUGGUUGCAGACAACCUCAUAUCUCAGGAGACAAUCAAGAGCUUGAGCGCGAACGUGGACACAAUCAUUGGCAAGCAGCACCAGCAACAUUCCGGAGUCUGCGCCAUUAUUCCGCGAGGGUAG